AGAGUUGAAAAAGGAAAAGAAGAGAGAGAGAGAGGGAAAAAAAAAACUCGAAAACGAAACGCCAAAGCGUUAAAAGGGAAAUUUCGAUCAAACAAGAUGCGCCCCUUGUUUGGCGUUGAACACGCUGCUGCUAUUCCACGUACUUCGAGUUCAAAUACCGAUCCUGCCGAUCGGAGAAUCAACGCUCUCGUAAGACAUCUGGUCGAAUCGUCUUCAUCUGCUAUGGCUGAUUCACUCUCUGCUUCUGUCGCUUCCUCGCUGCACAGCGAUUCUGUUUUCGCUCACGUUGUUCGUGCUCCUGAAGAUCCUAUUCUCGGGGUGACUGUUGCGUAUAACAAAGAUCCGAGCCCGAACAAGUUGAAUUUGGGCGUUGGUGCUUACAGAACGGAGGAAGGAAAACCUCUUGUCUUGAACGUUGUCAGAAAAGCAGAGCACCAGCUUGUUAACGAUAGUACACGAGUUAAGGAGUAUCUUCCGAUUGUUGGAUUGGCAGAGUUCAACAAACAGAGCGCUAAGCUCAUUUUUGGCGCGAACAGCCCCGCCAUUCUUGAGAAUCGUGUUGCAACUGUUCAAUGCUUGUCUGGUACUGGAUCAUUGAGGGUUGGUGGUGAAUUUUUGGCAAGGCAUUAUCAUGAGCGGCAAAUAUACAUCCCCCUGCCAACAUGGGGAAACCAUCCCAAAGUUUUUACUCUGGCUGGGCUGUCUGUAAAAACUUACCGGUAUUAUGAUCCCUCAACACGAGGGCUGAAUUUUCAAGGCCUCUUGGAAGAUCUAGGUUCUGCUCCACCUGGAGCUAUAGUUCUGCUUCAUGCAUGUGCUCAUAAUCCAACUGGUGUCGAUCCAACCCUUGAACAAUGGGAUCAGAUCAGGAAGUUGAUGAGAUCAAAACAGCUUUUACCUUUCUUUGACAGUGCUUAUCAGGGUUUUGCCAGUGGAAGUUUGGAUACGGAUGCACAACCUGUGCGAUUGUUUGUUGCUGAUGGAGGUGAAUGUUUUGUAGCCCAGAGUUAUGCAAAGAACUUGGGGCUUUAUGGCGAACGUGUUGGCGCUUUAAGCAUUGUGUGCAAGAACGCUGAUGUUGCGAGCAGGGUAGAGAGUCAGCUAAAACUGGUAAUAAGGCCCAUGUACUCAAACCCACCCAUUCAUGGUGCAUCCAUUGUUGCCACAAUCCUGAAGGACAGGAAUUUGUUCGAUGAAUGGACUAUUGAGUUGAAGGCCAUGGCAGACCGCAUUAUUAGCAUGCGUCAGCAACUUUUUGAUGCCUUGCGCGCUAGAGGUACACCUGGUGACUGGAGUCACAUCAUCAAGCAGAUUGGAAUGUUUACUUUCACAGGACUGAACCCAGAACAAGUUAGCUUCAUGACCAAAGAAUAUCAUAUAUACAUGACUUCUGAUGGGAGAAUCAGCAUGGCUGGAUUGAGCUCGAGGACCGUCCCACACCUUGCGGAUGGAAUCCAUGCAGCCGUAACUCGUGUCGUUUAGUUUUGUUGGAAGAAGCAGCCAGCACGCACAGCACAUCAUCAUCCCCCUUUCACUUUUGAAUAAAAUUCUUGCUUUCUCACUGGAAGCCAAUUUGUUGUCAUUGAAACGCUCAAAAACUUGUUUUGUAGUAUUUUGAGAGCUACCCCAGCGGGCAAAUAUGCCUUGAUGAAAGGCUUUGAAAGUUGAUCAUAUCAUUCGCGUUUACAGAU